CUGUGGGGUGGUGGUGUAUGCCGGUGGCCGCCUAGGGAGCGGCUGUGUCGCAGGACGUCGGUGCAGUGACCGCCGCGUUGGACGAGCUCUGUCGAACCCGUCCACGCGGCAGGCUUGUGUCCUGGAACUUUGACAACAUGCGCCAAAGGUGCGGUUCGCCAUGGUGGUGAGGUCGGAGAGCCGCGAUCGGCUGGAGCUGAUCCAGCUGUGCCCGGAGCUGCCGGCCUCGCCCGGGCCCACGGCGCCGCCGCUCAGCCCCGACGGCCGACAGCUCAACGACGAGAUCAAGAAGGGCGGCAAGCGCCUGUUUCCGCUCUAUGACAACCUGAGCAAGACGGUGAAGCGGCACCGGGAGAAGUCCCGUGAGCGAGACAAGUCGCGCGACCGGGUCAAGCAGCGCGACAAGCUGCGGCUCAAGGAGGAGCAGGAGGCUGUGGCUGACCGCAACAACGCCAAUGUCAGCGGCGAGCCGACGCGGGAGCAGCUGGAGGCCGAGCAGAGAGGCAGAGAGAAGACCAAGGAGAAGAGGCGGUUCUACCAGCGAGACAAAUCAAAAGAUAAGAAGAAAAACAAACAUAAAACGAAGGAAAAAGAUGAGAAGGGUCAGGGAGAGCCGACGGUCGAUGUCACCGCGGCACGACUGUCCGAUGCAGUAGAUUUGCCUCGCCCAAGUUCGACGUACAGUUUUAAGGAAGAUGCCGCCAUCUACGGGUCCGUCGAAGUCUGCUCAACCCCUUCUUCCCGGGCUGCCCAAAUCCAGGAAGACAGGUCAGCCGCGGUCAUCAAGUCCUCCGACCAGGUCAAGGCCUUUCGUGACUCCCCGUCAGCGUUGUCGGGCCCGGAGAGUCCGUCCGCCGCCAGCCCCGGGCCGUCUGGACUCACCCCUAAUGACGGGAAGGAUGCGUGUCGACCGGCCCCCUCCGCCGCUGGACCGACCCAUGGCCAGACCCCCGCCCCCGCCCCCGCCACGAGCCCCAGCUCAUCACCUGGGACCCGCCCAUCGGCCACCGAGGACUCAGUGUACGGUGAUGUGGCCGGCAACAGGACCGCGCUGUACGGCGAUGUAGCCGGCAGCAGGACCGGGCUGUACGGCGAUGUGGCCGGCAGCAAGACCGGGCUGUACGGCGAUGUGGCCGGCAGCAGGACCGGGCUGUACGGCGAUGUGGCCGGCAGCAGGACCGGGCUGUACGGCGAUGUGGCCGGCAGUAGGACCGGGCUGUACGGCGAUGUGGUCGGCAGCAGGACCGGGCUGUACGGCGAUGUGGCCGGCAGCAGGACCGGGCUGUACGGCGAUGUGGCCGGCAGCAGGACCGGGCUGUACGGCGAUGUCGCCGGCAGCAGAGCCGGACUGUACGAGUCGCCGCUUGGGCGCUACAGCUCUCUGGCCGCUCGCUAUCUGGCCCGGAAGCAGCCGGCUCGCCGGCCGUCCGAGCACGACUACGAAACGUUCGAGUCGGUGCUGGGCGAGGCGAAGCUCACCGUCGCGGCGCCGGUGGCGUCCCCUGACGAGGACCCUCCACCCUCGAAAGAGGCAACCUCAGCAGCGGCGAGCGGCGACACCCUGGCGUUGGCGAAGGAAGGGGCUUCUGAGCUGACCGGGGCGGUGGUUCCGGCAGCGGCGAGCGAGCCAGACUUUCUGCCGGAAGAUGCGGCGACAGGCAGGAUGCAACGUCUAGCCGCGGCUGCCGCCGGUGCGGUCGUGCCAGCGCCCCUGAAUCAGAGCGACGCGGCCGAUACGGAAGCGGGAGAUAGCCCCGAUACGUCAGCCGUCCCGGCCGCGCAGCCAAGGCUGCAGCCCAGUGCGGCUCCGGCGCCCGCGGUCGAGUGUGCGGUGCAGAACUCCAGCGACAAGGCCAAGGGCUCGCGAAAGUUUUUGUCGUUUCACUCGCGGGCCGCCGGAAAGACGAGUGCGAAGCGAUCGUUUCUGAGCACGCUUCUGCGUUCUAGCGAUGCUGCCAGCGAUGCCGCGCGCUGCGCGGCGGCAGAGGGUGACGUGAGCAAGGUGAAGUCUCUGCCAGCCAAGUACAGGGAUCUAUUCCGUGACAGGAGGAUCGCCCCCGGCUCCGAGCGAAGCAGCGGCCGAGCAGAGACUGCAGCUGCGCGAAAACCGGACGAAGCCGCGCCCCCAGCGGAGCAGCCCGCCUCGCCGCCCACGCCUGCCGAGCCGGAGGUGGUCGAGAUUGAGCUGCCGGGUGUGUUCGGUCCCUCACAGAUGCGGGCCAGCCUGCGGAUCACGCUGAAGAACUCGGCCGGCUCCCGCGGCGCCGAAUGCGCGGGUGCGGGGAGCUCUUCGGCGGCCGCGGACGCGCCAUCGGCCGCCGGCAUGGGCUCCCGCCAGCAAGGCCGCGCCCGCGCGAAGCCGGCGUCGAAGCGGCCCAGCGAGCAGCGGCUCUCAGUGGCCAUCCCGCCCGAGACGGUGGCCGCGCUGACCUCCAAGUUCAACGCGCUCAUCCAGGCGUCGACCUCGGCCGAGUCGUCGCCGUCUCCGACCGGCGUCAAGACGUUCAACCUAGGCUCGAUCACGCUUGACAAGUCGGGCAACGUCUCCAAGUCGUCAUCCUUCCGGCGCACGGAGGCGGCGCGCGUGUCCUCGCGCCGCCGUCUGGCCGCCUCCCAGGCGGAGCGUACGCACGCGCUGCUGAGCAAGGCGUCAGCCGCGCUCAGGGACGACGCGACGGGCCGCGCGGCCGUCUCGUCUAAACCCUCGUCGAAGCCCUCGUCCAGAGCGUCGUCCAGGUCGGCCUCGUUCCGGCGGCAGAAGGGCGGCGGCUCGGCCGGCGCGGGCGGCGCCCCAAAGCCGGCCUCGUCGGCGACCGGUCGGGACGUGACGCGACUGUCGGGCUGUCGCCGAUCGACCGACGCCAGGACCGCCGGCGGCAGGCCGGCAGGGCUCGCCUGGACGUCCGCUGUCAGGGCCGAACAGAAGAGCGCCGGCACCAAGGCCACCGCUGUUGUCCACGGGCUGAGAGGAGACGGCAGCGGCAAGGCUGGCACCGCGUCAGAGAAGCCAGGGCCCUCCACUGUUGAGGCUAGUGUUAAAUCGCCAAACAAAAGUAAAUCAUCGGUCAAAGAAGCCGUCGGAAAGAAGUCCGAGUGCUCGGAAUCUACAGAGGGGAAAGGCAAUGCCUCUGAUCUGUCCGCAAACAAAAACGAAGCCUCCAGCAGCAAAUCAGUUGAAGCAACAAGCAAAAAGUCAGUAUCCACCGCUUCAGGUGACAAGAAGGAAUCAUCCGCUACAAAGCCGAAUGAACAGUCAGCGGACAAAAAAGAGCGCAAAGUCAGACCGGCACCUGCAGAUCAGAAAACGACAGGUGUUCCCAAAUCAGGACGCGACAAAAUGGAUGUGUCGAAAAUACACGACAGGGAACUGCGCAAGCUCACCAAUACAGGAACGGUGGCGAAGACCAGUGAACUCUGGCUGAAAAGGGCUCAGUCAAGCAAUGAGCUGGGGACGGUUAAGAAGAACUCUGCUGCAGUCACGCGUCUUUCACUUAAGAACCGUAAUCCGGUCAGCGAACAACCAUCCAAGACAAGCGGAAGAACAGAGUUGUUGUCUGGGAAGAACAGCAAGAUGACAAGCUCAGAGAGCUGUUUGAUGAAAUCUUCAUCAUCGAUCGCGAGUCUGAAAAGUGACGUAUCGCCGGGGCAACACAAAGAAGUACUUAAUCUGCGCUGCAAGUCGUCCGCCAAACAGAUCACGGCCCGCGGACGUGACGAUGACGCCAAGGUGUCGGACACCACAGGGCGCUCGCAGUCGGACGUCAAGUCUGGACCGGGCUCUUCGCCGACAGCAACACCGCACAAGGCAAAGGAGGAGAACAAAAUAACUCCGGUGAAAGAGCAAACGGAAUCAAAGGAGGCCUCUCGAGCGUCGACGACUCUCAAGCAGAAAACGGACCCCAAACCUGGUGUGCUUAUUGACAGCCACUUGUACGGGGUGCCGUCUGUGGUUGGCUUCCACCAAAAGACAAAAAGUACCCUGUUCGAAAACCGACUUUACGGGGAGACAUUCCCACCAAUCAAAAACAGCGUCCACAAGCAUGUGAGCGCGACCGCUCCGACCCAGAAGUCCCGCCUGCCGAUAACACCGAGCGCACGCUGCGCGCGCGUUGACCACCCGCCUGUGGGGAAGACCCUGUCGCUCAAGUCACUACCGCCCUCGCCGUGCAGCCGUGUGAAGGAGGCGAUCCAUCGGUUCGAGGCGCCGACGCCGGCGCGCGCCGCCGCGGCGCCGAUGCCGGCCGAGGCGGUGCGCAAGGCAGCCACGCUGCCGUCUCGGCUACCGGCGCCGGCGCGCGCGCCCGGCUUCUACGAGUCGAUCUGGGACGGCCGGCGCGAGUACAGGCCAAACGAGUCGUUCCUCUGGAACGGCAGCUCGCAAGUGACGUCGUGCGGUGAGAGCGUCGGCUCCAGCGUCAGCGCCAGCGACACGGCCUCCAGCGCCAGCGACGCCGGCUCCAUGCCCGAGGAGGAGGCGGCGGUGCGCGCGCGCAGCACCCUCUGGCGGCGACUAGGGAUGCCACGCGCCGCGCCGCCCGCCGCGCCCGCCGCCGAGUACGAGCCGGCCGGCGGCUCCAGCAGCUCGGGCACCGUCACCUACGAGAACGGCUCGGAUCCCGGCUACGAGCAUAUCAGCGGCGACAGCUGCACCGGCUACGAGCAGAUCGGCGCGCGCUACGAGCGAAUCGGCGGCGCGCCGCCCAGCGAGACCACGUCGGCCGGCUACGAGACACUCUCGCCCCCGUCCGAGACGUCCACGCUCUGCUACGACGACUGUGUGGUGCCAGCCCGCCUGGCCGUAGUCAGCGAGCACCAGGCCGAGAGCCUUGGCUACCUGGACCGAGGCACCGCGCAGUACGAAGAUAUCGGCGGCGCGUGGGCAGCGCGCGGCCUGCUCGAAGGCACCGACCUGAAGCCGACGCCACUGCAGACCUUCGAGGAGGAACCGGAGAUGGCAGACGAGUCAGAGGGCGGCCCGCAGACAGUGAACAGCUACCAGCUGACCGAGUUCGGCUCGGACCAGGUGGCAGCACCAGCGCCCCAGCAGGUGUCGCUGCCGUCGACGCCACGCGACAGGCUGGCCUCGGACCGUGACACGGGCGGCGAUUGGACCGAUAUCGACGCCGACGGCGAGCAGGAAGCCAGCGACGACACCGAGGGCAGCGCGGAGUCGCCCAUCGUCGUCACGCGGCCGCAUUUUGUGCGCCUCCGCAACCGCAGUCGGCGCUUCUCCAAGACGCGCGGCGGCCGGCGCUCGUGGUCUCAGUCGCUGAGGAACCUGAACGGUGAAGAGGAGUACACAGAGGGACCCUGGAGGCACACGCUGACCGACGCCUGGCGUGUUUGAACCGCACACUGACUGGCACGUGGAUAAGGUGCAGACGGGAAGCGGCUGUUCCUGCGGCGGCUGUGCGCCGUGAGCUCUGUCUCCGUGCGCCGGUUGUGCGCCGUGAGCUUUGUCUCCGUGCGCGAUUAUGUGCCGUGAGCUCGAUCUCCGUGCCCGGCUAUACACCGCGGCGAGACGGACGAGGAGUGGCUCGAUGACGGCCACCUGUACGAGGCGCUCGACUCGCACUACGAGCCGGU